GAUCACUACACGUACAGCAUCAACUACAGUAAGAAGCUCAUUUUCAUUUCCGAGGUUGAUGUUCUCACAUUCGCGGGAUAUCUAGUGCAUUGGGGCGAGACAAAGACCUGGUACAGUAUUCCCGGCGAGGAGGCGGAGAAAUUCGAGGCGGCCAUCAGAAGAGAAGCCCCGGACCUUUUCGAAGUCCAGCCCGAUCUCCUCUUCCAGCUGGUCACCUUAAUGAACCCUAGCCGACUGAAGGAGACCGGCGUCGACGUAUACUCGUGCAACCAGCGUGCGGGCGAGUUCGUGAUCACCUUCCCCAAGGCGUACCACGCGGGAUUCAAUCAUGGGGUCGCUAACUAUAACCGCCUUCAGUUCAACUUUAACGAAGCCGUCAACUUCGCGCUGCCCGACUGGCUGCCGUUCGGACUCGAUUGUGUGAAGCGGUACCAGGAGCACCGGAAGCUUCCGGUAUUCUCGCACGACGAGCUUCUGAUUACGAUAACGCAACAGAACCAGUCCAUCCAGACCGCCCUAUGGCUCAACGACAGCCUACAGGAGAUGAUGGUCCGUGAGAUGCGCAUCCGGGACAAGGCCCGAUCACUCCAGAUGGGCGAGGUGCUUGAAGGCAUGGACCGGGCCGAGGACCAGUGCCAAUGCAGCAGGUGCAAGGUCUUCUGCUACCUCUCGCAGAUCACGUGUUCGUGCACGACCAAGGUCGUGUGCAUCGACCACAUCGAGAUCUGUGCAAGAGAUCAGAUGAAGGUGUCGGAGCGCGCUGCCAUCCCCAGUACGUGGAGGACGAAGCUGAACAAGAUCUUGACCGAGACCGCGAGACCGCCGCUACGCAGUCUGCGCGCUGUUCUUGCAGAGGGCGAUCGGAUCAACCAUCCCUUGCCCGAGCUGCAGUCGCUGCGCAAGUGUGUCGCUCGAGCCAACGAGUGGGUGGAUGCGGCAAAUGCCUUCCUUGUCCGCAAGCCCAGUCGCAAACGUCCACGCAAGAUCCGCGGCCCGCGCACGUCGUCAGACAGUGCGAACGGCAUGAAUAUGGUCGACGACGCCCCCGAUAGGCCGGAUCACAGCCUGGGAGACCUGUACGCUGUCCUGAAGGAGGUCGAGAACUUAGGGUUCGAUUGUCAGGAGAUCGGGUUCCUCAGGAAUCUUGCCAAGGAAGCGGAGGAGACAAAGGAGAAGGCUCGCAUCUUGCUGAACGCUACACCAUCUCCGCGCGACCGAGACGCACACAUGCAAGAGUGCGACCGGUUGCUCCUGCACGGGCUGUCGCUCAACGUCCUCGUCGAGGAGCUUCUCGAGGUCGAGAAGAUAGUUCUCCGCGAGCAGUUGUUGAAGGAUCUCGAGGAAGAGCUUGACGAAUCCAACGGAGUGCUUCUGGAGGACGUCAGAAGUUGGGUAGCGCGUGCUCGCCAGUGCGACCUGCCGCCCGACAAUCCGUUCAUGAAGCGUAUCGAGCGGCUUCUCCGUCUCGGCGACGAGUGGGAGAGGCGUGUGAAGGAUGUUCUCACUAAACCACAGAGGACGAUCGAGCAGUUGGAUGAGUUCGCGCACCCUGGUUCCGGAUGCUGUCAAGCUGGUGGCCAGGGCGGACAAGGAUUUAACAUCCCAGCUGUCUCGGAUCUGAAGCGAACGGUGGACUUCGCUAUGGACCUCGAGACGCGCUGCGAUGCUGUGUUGAAGCACCGGUACCAGCAUACCGACGAAGGCGAUAUCUUCCAGACGAUGUUACAGUGGCGCAAGUACGCGAAGGAGCACCUGACCAUGUUCACUCUUGCAAACUUCGACCGGCUCGACAAACAACUAUCCGCCCACUUCCGUUGGCUAGAGAGUCUGCCGUGGUUCUGUCGGCAGCACCAAGAGACUCACGCGCAAGGCCUUAUGGAGGACGUGAUCGAGUCCACGCGGCCUGAGGACGACCUCCCUCCCAACGAUGAGUACUUCACGUGUAUCUGCGUCAUUGGACAGUUCCUGUCGUUCGCGUCGCAGCCUGCGAAUCAGCGUGCCGAGUACAUCCCGCAAGUACGGCACUACAUGCGAAAGCUAUACAGGAUCCAGUUCGCUGUCUCGCCUAAUCCUGAGGUGUCGUUUGGCUUGGACCUUGCAGGCCUUCAUCGUAUUCUCGCAGGACAACCCGUGCCCGUACGGAUGAAGAAGCGUAGGCGGCCGAAGUUUGUCUUCGGUCAGGACGUGGAUCCCGAUUGGCGCGAUGGGACGCGGUGCAUCUGCAGAGGGAGGACGAGCUACCUGCUCAACUACCCCACUGUCCAAUGCGAGGUCUGCGAAAAGCUUUACCACGCUGGCUGUGUAUUCUACCCCGUGGACAAUGCGGGUGGGGUACGGAGGUUCAUGUGCCCUUUGUGCUGCAUCCGCAAGAACCGAGCAUAUCCUUACUCCGAGGUCCGCGUGAAGUACGCAGAGAACCCAGAGGCGGACGUCUACGUGAACACGAAGGAGAUGCUGCAAAACUUCAGCAAAGAGAUUAUCUACAUGAAGUUGCCACCACCAUAUACGCAGACGCUGUUCGUCGAGCUUAUUAGGUCGGCCCCGAUUCCUCCUCCGAACCCCUAUGAGAACGGUAAACCAAUUGGCAUUGCUGAUCCCAGUAGUAGCAGGCAUGUUCCUCCUCCACCUCCUUGGUCGAAUCAGAUCUGGAGCAAUGCUGGUGCGACCGCACCGCCACCGGGUGCACGGCCUCAUCCAGACCCACGUUCGCCGCAUGCUACCAGUCCGCACGUCGCAAACACGCCACCUCAGUCGUCAGCUGUUCGAAAGCGCAAGUAUCCAGACGAGGUUCCCCCACAUACGCCAGAUGAACGUCUAGGUCGGAGCUUUUCACCGGGACCGCCGAAGCGUAGGCAGCCCUCUGACACGCCCCAACCUGCCUCGACUUCCACACCCCGCUCGAACCAAGGCCUCUCUCCUUCUCUCGCGAUGAUGCUGUCGCCUGGGCCCAACGAUAUUCUGCUCAGCAUGCUGUACACUAGUCCCUCCCUCACUGUUCAUGUAGUCAUACGUACUUCCCCUUGCACACAGCAUAGCAGUGGUGAUCCUCUAUCAUUCCGCGUGAGACGAACUAAUGGUGGCAGGGUAUGA